GGAGAGGAGAUAGGGGAGAGACGCCCUUUUCCGGCUGUUCUGGUCUUGAUUGGGAUAUAAGGAGAUAGAUAUCCCAGUUGGCCCAUCAGUACUACUGGUUCUCAGUUCGCUUGGUUUCUGAUAUUUUGCUGCUCCACAAUCUUUCUUCCUUGCACCAUGAGUCGGCAGCUGGGGCUAAGGUCUGGCGGUGAGAAGGGUGACUUCAGCGGAUACUCUGCGAUUUUGCCCCGGAGAGUAGGGGGCAGCGCGUCAUCCUAUCGGGCAGGGGGACAAGGGGCUGGAACUAGUUUUGGCAGCCGGAGUCUCUACAGCCUUAUGGGUAAUCGUCGCAUCUCUCUCAAUGUGCCUGGGGGUAUCCGGACAGUGGGGUAUGGCUUUGGGCAUGGAGCUGGGUAUGGAGGGACCCGAGCCACCGGCUUUGCAGGGAGUAUCUUUGGCAAUGUGGCUCUGGGUGCUUUGUGCCCAUCGUUGUGCCCCCCGGGGGGCAUCCACCAGGUGACCGUCAACAAGAGCCUCUUGGCUCCCCUCAAUGUGGAGCUGGAUCCUGAGAUCCAGAAAGUGAGGACCCAGGAGCGGGAGCAGAUCAAGGCUCUCAACAACAAAUUUGCCUCUUUCAUCGACAAGGUGAGGUUCCUAGAACAGCAGAACCAGGUUCUGGAGACCAAGUGGGACCUCCUGCAGCAGCUGGACCUGAGUAACUGCAAGAAGAACUUAGAGCCUAUCUUUGAGGGCUACAUUGGCAACCUGAAGAGGCAGAUGGAUGCCCUGUCAGGGGACAAAUUGAGGCUGGACUCAGAGCUGAGGAACAUGAGGGAUCUGGUAGAGGAUUUCAAGAAGAGGUAUGAAGUGGAGAUUAACAGACGCACAGCGGCUGAGAAUGAAUUUGUUCUUCUCAAGAAGGAUGCUGAUGCUGCCUAUACAAUCAAGGUAGAGCUACAGGCCAAGGUCGAAUCUCUGGACAAGGAAAUCAAGUUCUUGAAAUGCAUGUAUGAGGCGGAGAUUGCCCAGAUCCAGACCCAUGCCAGUGAAACCUCUGUCAUCCUAUCCAUGAACAAUAACCGUAACCUGGAUCUAGAUGGCAUCAUAGAUGAGGUCCGCAGUCACUAUGAGGAGAUUGCCCUAAAGAGUAAAUCGGAUGCUGAAGGCUUGUACCAGAGCAAAAUCCAAGAGCUGCAGCUGUCUGCCAGCCGGCAUGGUGAUGAUCUCAAACACACCAAAAAUGAGAUCUCGGAGCUGAACCGUCUCAUCCAGAGGCUUCGUUGUGAGAUUGGCAAUGUGAAAAAGCAGUGCUCCAACUUGGAGACAGCCAUUGCAGAUGCUGAGCAAAGGGGUGAAUGUGCCCUAAAAGAUGCCAAGGCCAAGAUGGAUGAGCUGGAGAGUGCCCUGCAUGGUGCCAAGGAAGAGCUGGCCCGCCUGCUAAGGGACUACCAGGAGCUGAUGAGCACCAAACUUGCCUUGGAUGUGGAGAUUGCAACCUAUAGGAAGCUUCUGGAGGGAGAGGAGUGCAGGAUGUCUGGUGAGAAUCCCUCCUCUGUGAGCAUCUCCGUGAUCAGUAGCAGCAGUGGGAGUAGCUAUGGCUAUCGACCCAGUUCAGUCAGUGCCAGCUAUGGCAGUGGCAUUAGGCCAAACACCUCCAGCAGUGCCCGAAGUGUUGAUACCAAGACCAAAGGGACAGGAGUGGGUGACCUCAAGGAUUCCUUGACCAAGACCUCUGCAGCCAGCUCCCCAGGCAAGAAAACCACCCGAUAAGCUUUCUGGCCCCAUUCACCAUGGCACUGUGGAAGAAGGCGGUUUGUGCCCAUUGCCUGAAGAUGACACUGACCCUGAUUGCUGCUGUCCUGAAAUACCCACAAUUUCCAAGUCUUUGGAGUGCUUAGAAUGAACUCUGGCCACUCCUCAUUGUGUCCUAUCUUGAUUCCAAAUUGUUAUUGAUACAAAUAUCUCCCCUGAGCAAUGCCCUUGAUUUUCCUGCUUUUAAUUCCUUUGAAGACUUCAGUACUGAAGUACAUUUUAAAAGGAAAAACUAUAAUUACAUCUUGUCCUAAGGAAGACUUGAAGAAGAGAGAUGCUUAGGAAGAGAGGGGGAGAACAGGUGCACCUAGGCAAAUGUUUAGCAAGAGAAGUAAUGGUGCCUCUUCCCAGCCUGAAGAAGGCAGUGGGGUAACGGGAGGAAAGUGGGACAGCUUCCUGACUCCUCGUGGGUCACGUCCUUGGCCGACAAUCUCAUUAUCGGUGGUGAAGGGCUGUGAUUCCUCAGCCCAUCAGAAAUACUCGUUGCCAAAAGGCCACUCCAAAAGAGUUUGGGGCUUUCUAUUUUUAAAAAUGUAUCCCCUCCUCAUAAAACAAAGCGAAUAGAGAGCUGAUCGUCAUCCUCAGCAACUUCAGCAACAUCAGUUGGUUAGGUCAUCGCAGGGCUUUGGUCUGGGAUUUUUGCUCAUUGAUCUCUCUGGGGCAUCCCCCUCAGUAGCCCCUAAUCUCUUAAUGCUUUUCUUUGCUUCUAGAGAAAAACAUGAGCUAUGUUCAGUGGAUAGAAUCUUCUCCUUAGGCCAGUGGGUGCUAAUGCCCAAAUCUGAGCCGCAUUAGCUAUUUGUGUAAAUAACUAGCAUGCUUUGUAGUCCUUUGCUUAUUGUCAAUGGCUUGAAGUUAUGUCUGCUGUCUAUCAAAUAAACUGCACGAGAGUAACUUCAGUGGAGGUCUCUGUUUUCCAUUAGUCCCAUUUUCCAGCAAACUCCCCAAUAACAAUGAGAUGAAUCACUCUCUUCUGAGGGCUUAGAAGUCCUACAACAACCCUCUAAAAUUGGAAGAGGAGCUGACAGAUACGAAAAGUAGGAUUAUGAGAAAUUAUGUGAUUUACCCCAAGUUGGGGAGGUGAAUGUUAGAGGUGCCUAAAGUGAUCUAUGUGCAAAGCUUUGUCCCAGAGACCCAGCCUGGUGGGAGUUGAGGUGACGGGGAAGUUGUCAGAGUAAGGAAAAAAUAGAGAACUUGUCCUUGGGGAGCUCCUGGUAUCAUGGGGAAGAGGGGAUACCUCCAGGAAUAAUCCCACAUGCAUUUUGCAGAAGAGUAUGUGCUAAAAUAGCACGGACUGAGGGAUGUAUAUACGGGAAUACCUUGGAGAAUAUAUUGUAGGCUCAGAUCCAAACCACUGCAAUAAAGCAAAUAUCAUAAUAAAGCAAGUACACCAUUUUUUGUUUCCU